AUGCGUUACUUCUUACUGUUCAUCACAAGUUUCAUUCUUCUUCAUGUUCAACAAUCAACACAAAACAGAUUUAUUCCCACUGACAUAGCAGAAAUGAAGCAGUGCUUUCAGAAUAAGACAAAGAAAUAUGAAGAAAUGGCCAAAACUUAUGACCGGACAGCUUGUAGGCGUCAUGAUCCGAAUGCCCUGCGUCGUGAAAUUCAUCAACUAACUAAUCAAAUCAGAACAUUGUACUAUGUAAUCGAGGCACAAACCCAAAGCGUAUAAUAACUGCAUCACUUGGAAAUUAUUAUUUCUUCUUAUCACCCAAUGACUUUUCGGAGGAAACAGUGCUGGGGAUUAGUUCUCACCUUGAUAAUAAACACAUUCACUUUUAUUAUCAUUACUAUUAUUGCUCAUAUUAAUUUCACUUUAACUUUUCAUUUCUUCUGAAAUGAUGCUCUUUUAAUUCAUUGUGUGACAAUUAACGUUUGAAAUAUUAAAGUGUGAAUUCAAAAUAAU